GCACGUGACACGGGCCAGCCGAAGACGCCGGCUUCAGCCCGCGGGCGCCCGUUGCUGGGCAACCGGGUCAAACCAUUUUACAAUCCCCACCCGCAAAAACCGCAGAUUGUGCGGCUGGCAACGUUAUCACUGCAGAAACGAACGAGUGGUUGAAAGAGAAAAAAAUAAUGGUGUAGUUGUCUGCGGAUUGGGGUUGUGGGGGUGUGGCGGGCUGGUGCACCCAGCAUGCCGCGGGGCUGGCGGACCAUGGCGGCGGCUGCUGGAGGAGCGGCGGCUCCGGGUCAGGCUGACAGCGCAGAAAAUUCCACCAUUCUGGUAUAAUCGAGAAUACAACAUGGGUGACAAUGACCCAGAAAAGGACGAACUUGUGUCUGAGAACAACAAUGUUGCAUACUAUGAAACAGAAGAUGAUGAAGAGGAGAUGACUAGGGAAGAAAAGAUGGUCUUUUCUGUAAAAAAUGGACUUCUGUCCUCUUCCUCUGGGACUGUUUAUGAUCGGACAACAGUCUUAAUAGAACAAGACCCCAUUGGCUUAGACGAUGAGGAAGAAGAUGAUGAAGAAGGAGGCAACAAUAACAACUUGGUGACUUUUUUAUCAGAGAAUAGCGAGGAUAACUUUUACCUGAUAUCGGAUCCUGAUGGAAUGGCACAGGGUUAUGUGCAUCACACCAUUUCUCCUGAUCAGAUUCAGUUCACCAUAAAUCCUGGAUCCACACCAAUGCCCAGGAAUAUUGAGGGAGCCACGCUCACCUUGCAAUCGGAGUGUCCUGAGACCAAGGUUAGAGAGGUCAAACGAUAUCAGUGCACAUUUGAAGGCUGUCCACGUACGUAUAGCACAGCAGGGAAUCUACGGACACAUCAGAAGACUCACAGGGGUGAAUACACUUUUGUUUGCAACCAGCAAGGCUGUGGCAAGGCCUUUCUCACCUCUUACAGCCUCAGAAUUCACGUCAGAGUCCAUACCAAGGAAAAGCCAUUUGAAUGUGACGUACAGGGUUGUGAAAAGGCAUUUAACACACUAUAUAGGCUGAAAGCCCAUCAAAGGCUUCACACGGGGAAAACAUUUAACUGUGAAUCAGAAGGAUGCACUAAGUACUUUACUACACUCAGUGACCUGAGGAAACAUGUCCGAACGCAUACAGGAGAGAAGCCAUUUAGGUGUGAUCAUGAUGGCUGUGGGAAGGCUUUUGCGGUCAGUCACCAUCUCAGAACUCACGUCAGAACCCACACAGGUGAGCGACCCUUCUUUUGUCCUAGUAAUCGCUGUGAAAAGACUUUCAGCACACAAUAUAGUCUCAAGAGCCACAUGAAGGCCCACGAUAAAGACCAAGCUAAUGUGUCGAACCAGAAUUCUGUGAAUGAGGAGACAAACCAUUCACUUUGUUUAAGUGAUCUAAGCUUGAUAUCCACGGAUUCAGAACUCCGAGAAAAUUCACAAUUGGUCCAAGGACAUGACCUGAGCACUAUUUCAGCAGGAAGUCUCUUUGAAUCCAUGUUUCACAAUACUGAUAGCUGUACCAGCCAUGAUGGUUCCCAACAGCCUGGCUUGACAGGGAAACUAAAAAGUGAUGUUCCAACCUUGUCACAGCCAACUAUUGAGAGACUUUCCCAGCAAGCAGCAGACCCCAUCUCCACGCCGUCGGAUACGUUGGCUACCAGUACGCACCAAACGGCAUUUAGGAAUCCCACUGGCAUUUUGUUGACACCUCCAGUGCCUGUCCCACCAGUCAAGCAAUUUUCAACCCAUCAGCAAGAGUUUGUUCAGCCUUCCCCAGCGCCACUACAGCCGACGCAAGGACUUCCACCUUUGUCCAGUAAUGGACUCCCAUCCUCUUGUAACACAGAAUCAAUGCCGGCUAUGGUACAGACUGUGCCUUUAGCAACCAACGGUGCUAAUAUAACAAUUAAUCCAUCACAGAGCACCACUAUUCUUCAGCCUGGCAUUGUGAUGGCAGACCAGAACUUGCAGUGGAUCAUAAAUGGAGCCAACACUGUUCAACAAAAUUCAGAGAAAAUGUCACAGGGUCCUAAAGUAGAAAAGGUGUUUUUUACCACAGCAAUACCAGUCACUAACAAUACGGGAAGCCCAGUGCAACAGAUCGGGCUGAGUGUUCCUGUCAUAAUCAUCAAGCAAGAGGAGUCGUGUCAGUGCCACUGUGCCUGCCGUGAUCAGAGCAAAGAAAAAAAAGGAAGCAGCAAGGAAAACCCACCGCAGGAAGCGGACUCUUCGCAGGUCCAGUCCGAUCAGGAGCAGGUUCGGCCGCACUCUCAGACUUUUCCUUCCAGCUCCAAGGGAAGCAGUCAGGCAACACAGCUGCCCUUGCAGACUGAACUCAUACCGGGUGUGAACAAUAUGGAUUUCACUGCGUUUCUUUCUCUCGACAGUCCGACGACCUCUGCAGAUUUGUCUGGUAUUGAGGCAAGUGACAUUCAGACUCUGCUGAGGAAGGUAGAAGAAGAAAUAGACUUGAGCAGCAAUUUCUCCAAAUGAUUAUGCUCAAUAGAGGCUGAUUUUCUAAUUAUUUUUCAAAAGAAAUCCCAGCUUUUAUUUAUGCAGAAUUUAAGACUAAAAGUGGGACCCUUUUAUGCAGAAGUGCCACUUGCGCUGAGCAUUUUUUUUGUGUGUGAAAAUACUUCCAAAAAUGCUUUGUGCAAGUUGAAAAGAGUAACUUCUCAGAGUUUAUAUUUUCAACAGCCUUGGAACGUUUGUCUGGACUCUAGAUUGCAUCUGGAGUCUCUCAUUUGAAGAAAGGAAGAGAUGUGCUAGGAAUGAAUCCACCGAAAAUAAAUGGCAAAGAAAAGUGUGCUGAUACAAAGGAAGCCCCUUGGUGUUUGUUCAUUGACUUGUAUGCAAUUUUUUGUGUUUGCCUGAACUGGCUGCAAUAUAGAUGGGCAGACUGCAGGGUUAAGCCCAAUUGGAGUUAGAUCAUAUCACUGGUUCAUGUCUGUGAGCUGAUAUUUCUUCACCAAGGAGAAAAUCCCGAUGGAAAUGGUGAACUAGUAAAAUGAGAGAAAAAUAUGAUUUGAGCUUUUGAUUUCUGUCACGAGGCUUUUUAUAGCCAUUGCACAGCUCACUUGGAGCCCCCUUGUGACCAAAGGCAGAGCUGCAGCAUGAAAGGACUGAGCGAAUCUGCAUCCUCUUUAAUCUAAUCAUAGUCAUGCUAUAGUAAGCCUGUAGCAAAUUGUCAGUCAUCUUGUGAAGUUCAAUUACCCUAAAAUCAAAAAAAAAGAGUUUGCAUUAAUGCUUUUGUUAUGGUUUUCGUGAUUACAUUUGGUAAGAUUCAAUGAAUUGUGCUGCAAUGCUAAUUAGCUGGAUCUGAACCAAAGCCUUGAAAGUGUUCAGAUUGUUUCCAUCUAACUUCUGAGGGACCGAGAUGAUCAAAAUUAAACUUGUUACAAUUGAGCAUUGUUUGGCCCGCAAACUUUAUCAUGAAUAAUUUGUAAAGUCACGCUCUGCAAUAAGGAAGGUUGUUUUGUGCUGAUAUCACACUGCAGGGGUUUGGGUACACUUUCUAUAGCUGUAAACUUUAUUUCCCACAGUGACAUAUCAGGAGAAGUAAAUAUUUUAUUUUCUCUCUGCACGCUCAAUGCCCUUGCACUUUGGCUUAAUUUAAUAAGGUUUGUUCAAGUAAAAUUGUACCCCCGAGAUAUAUCAGAAACAAGCUUUCUAAACUUGGAAUACAUGCAGGUUACUAUACCAAACAGGAUAUCCAAAUACAUUUCAAGAUGUGUUUUAAUGUGUUCCUAACAAUUAUCAAUUGAGAAUUGGAUGAUUGAUAGUUUGCACAUUUCUCCCAUAAAUGUAAUGUAAAUGGGCAUGCAUGCAUAUUGAAUAACUGUUUCUAAAUAAUGCUGGUCAACUGUGUGAAGUUGCUAGCCAUGCAGAUUCCAUUCGUACAGGCAUGCAGAUGUACAGUAGAGCCCUUUAACAUUACCAGUUGAAUGUGGGAGCUGAAAUCAUAGGAAUGUAAGAAAUAUUUCCAUACUAUGUGAAGGAGCCCUGACUUGAUGCAGAAGCUUACAAGUGCUAUAAAUAGCAUUUAAAAACAUGUAUUUACUUAUUAACUGCAAUCAAUUUGGGAUCCCCGCCUUCUCUUUCCAUUUGCCAUGUUACAUUCUAAGAUUCAAAACUUCUGGGCAAACAAAACUGAAGAGGAUAAAAGAUGAAAUGAAUAAUUCCGCUGCUACCACAACCUCAAAUUUUAAAAUAUCGCCAUCAAUACACAUUUUAAAUCGCGUCUCCUCAUCUGUGUGAGUUAAAGCAUUUGGCUAAUGAAGUUGCUCCAUGGCAGAUCUGUACAAUGCAACUUGUUUUUCUUUCAAAUCUUGUAUUCAAACUGUAAGAAAAAGUGUAAAUUGAACUCUGGUCCAGUAAGUUAAUUUUAAUUAUGUUAAGUUAAUUAAAGUUAACUUUAUUUUUUAAAAACUCUUGAUGACAGAGAUCUUUAAGCCCAGGUCAAUUAGUCCAAAUAUCUCUCCUGUAACUUCUAGCUGAUGCUUGGAUAACAUUAACUAGUUUUAAGUGUGCGAGUCAGAAAACUCUGCCUACAGUUAUGCAAAUAAUGCAGUUAACAUCUGAUGUUGGGCAUGCAAAGAUUGGGGUACUUUUCUAAUAACUGCUUGACACCUGUAGGCCAGAAGGUGAUUGAUUUAAAUGAAUCUGCCUGUCCUACAUGCCACCUGUGAAUGUUUGGUUCUGCCACUUGAUGCAAAAGUUUUUAAUGUGUUCAUUGUGAUCCAAGAGAGGAAAACUAAAUGGUGUAUAAUGCAGCAUAUUAAAGGGUAAGAAGCCAUGAAUGUUAAGCAUUACUAAAGUGGAAUCGGUCAGCGUUCAAAGUCAAUGAGCCCUUGGGAUCAGACGCCCCCAAAAUUAACAUUAAAAUUCAGAUUAACAGUCACAAUAGAGAUGUCACAAUUAUUUAAAAAAAAAUUAAUAACCUAAAAUAUAAGAAUGUAACUUAUAACAUUUAAAAUGUGUUUAUUUUCGAUGCUGUCAUCAAAUGUUCCAGAAAUCAUUUGCAAAAUAAGUGAAUAUCUCUUGAAAAUGAUUCUAACAGAAAAUAUAAACGUACACUUCAAGACUUCCCUUAGCAUAUACUUAAAAUUCAUCCCUUUAUCAUGUUUGAAAGCUAGCAAUGGGCUUGAGUCUAAUACAUGUUAUAAUGGCUAUUAAUAAAGAACAACUGGGGAAAGUUGAAAACUUAAGUUGGAUGGGUGCAGGUUCAAAAAGUUCAAAUCAAUUAUCUUGCAGCCACAAACUAUUCUGCUGUGGGGUAAAUGUUAAACAUUAGAGGGUGAGUUCUGUAACAUAAAGUAUUGGCAUCAGAGGCAUUCUUGUAUCAGCACCAAUGCUUUCUCUUCCAUGGCAAAUGUUGGCCGUGUUGUAAUUUAUAGCUUUUGUACAGCUCUAUUGAUUGGAUCAGGCAUUUUCUAGCAGCUUUAUUGGUUAUUUAGUUUCAAGGUAUAGAUGGUAUCACUAAACUAACACAGCUUCUGAAUCAUUUCAGUGGCUCCAUAAAAAUUACCGUCUGCUUCAACUUAUAUUUGUGCUCUACAAAUAUUGACCUGUCCAAUAAGUUAAAUUUAAAAAAUAAUAAGAAUUAAGUGAAAUUCAGUAUAUAAUUUGGAAAAGAGAUUUAAACCAAUUGCCUAAAAUGAUUUCUUGGUAAGUUUGUGCAAUAGCAGCAAUUUUCUUUUUGGUGUUACUGAGCUGGAAGGUGCAAUUAAAAUGCAAUUAAAUGAUUGUUUGUAUUCAGAGUUUAUUCUGGUGUCAUUUAUAAAUACAAAUGUCAAAAUAUAUUUUGAUGGAGUAUUGAUUUAGUGUAAUUAGCACUGGGAAAUGUAAAGCCAUACUAAUAGAUUUGCUUUUUAUUUGAGCUAGUUGUAGGGAAUAUUUGCAGUGGAUUUGCUGUAAUUUAUCAAAAUUCAGAUUUGGUCUAGGCAACUGGAAUAAAAUGUCUUUGAAUUCCUUACCCACUGCAAUUUAAUUUGAACAUUAUUCAUUAUGGAACCAGCAGCAAUAAGGAAAUAACGGUCCUCGGGAGUUUUUAUUCAUUGCCUAAAUGAUUGGAGGCCAGGAGACAUGGGAGAAUCUGAGAUGGUGGCUUUCCGUCUGGGUGGUGCCUUUGGCUUUCCAAGUGGUAAAAGAUCAAAAGUACCGAAGGGGUAAUGUCUGAAGCCUAUAGCAUCUCUUUCAAUCUUUCCUCCUUACUCGCUCGUUUUCCUUCUCUGCUCCCCAGCCCCACCCCAUCCGCAAAACCACCUAAUUUUAGCAUAAUUAAGAUUGCAGCAGUUGGUGGUGGUGUGCUGAGGUUUCCUUCCCAUUCUUUUGGAUUUAACCCCAGCACUUAGGAGAUACACUGUUGUUCAUUAGAAGGAAGCUUUGGAAUUUGAACUCGAACAUCCAUUGUUAUUAUCUGAUCAGCAAUUCCCCAGUAGACUAUUUUUACCUCUACCAUUAUAUAUAAAGUAUAGCCAGUGCAACAUCAGUGGCCAAUAUAAGUUUAGUAUUAAGGCUGAGCUAUCAUUUGUCUGCACUGUAAGAUUUCUCUCAACAGUGGCUACCGAUGCGAUGCACCUGGGUAUUCCUCAAACGUAAUUAAUACCAGCUUUGGUCUUCAUUACAGUACAAAAUGCUCAACUAUCAUGAAGUACAUUAACAAAGCAGUAUAGUUACGAUCGACACUUUUAAUUUGCAGUACAAACUGGUGUUAUAAUGAUGCUAUGGUAUUUGGUGAACCAAUGUUGGAUUGUAGUUCAUUGAAUUUAGAAGAUGCAUGUCGGCCCACUGAAUCCUUAUUGGGUCCCUAUAGUUAGUUCCAUUCAGCAACAUUCCCCUGCUCUUUAAAUAAGGCUCUGCAAAUAUUUUCAUUCAAGUGCUAAACCUUUUUGAAAAUUGUGAUCAACUGACUUUCUAUCAGAGUUUGCACUUGAAAAAUAUAUUAAAAGUCUUGAUAUAUCAAAUCCUGAAACGUACAAUUGACAGAAUUCAAAUGAAUCUUUUGAGUAAAGUUACCAAUUUGCUGAUAACAGCUCUUUCAAAAUGGCAUUGGACAGUGCCUAGUCUUGACAUUGUUUUUGAAUGAAAUAACUUCAAACACCUUAGAAGAUGUGGAAAUCCCAAAGUAUUUUUUUUAAUUGGGACGUGGAAGAUUUAAAUAAUCAGAAGUCGUAAUAUUUUGUCCUUGUAUAAAAGUACAUUGAGCUUUUAAUGUGGAUUGUCAGAAUAUGUUACAACAUAUUUUACAACAAGUUGUAAAACUUUAAACGUUCUGUACGUAAAAUAAAAAUAGGUAAAUUGGUUAAUAUAACAUUUACUUUCCAAUGUUACCACUUUCACAAAUAAAUUAGGAAUACUGUUAUAAUUUUACUUAAGGCAUACAUCUUGAUCGAAUAUUCAAUAUCAGUUUAAUAUAAAAUGAGUAUAAAGGUAACCCAUACUUAAUCUAUAGCACAUUUGAAUCAAAUUAAUGCAAUAAUUUAUAUCAGUAACCAUUUUGAAGCAUAACGUUUAAGGGUUGUUAAAGCAAUUAAUUGAAUUAUAUACAUCAAAAUUCUAUUUGUGAUAAGAUAUAUUAUUUUCCAAUCCAUAAAUAAGGUCAUUAUCAUCAUCAGAGUUUAACAUGGUUCCUUGCAUCAAGUGAUUUUAUUUUUGUGCUGUACAUGCCUGGAUCUCGUCCUAAUGGGGAAGAGGGUGACCAGUUUCUUAUUGUUGAUUGCAUUUUAUUGCCACUAUAAGAUUUCCUUGGAAGUGGUAUCCAAUUGUGACUCUCAUUCAUUUGAAAAUAAAUCAAAGCUAUUUAAAUUCAAUCUCCUUGUGUAUCCCCCAACUAAAAUUGUGGGCAUGUAAGUAUUUGGGUGCUGUGAUCUUUCAUCAAAAGGAAUGGAAAUGAACAUGGUGGGGGAGGGGGGAGGGGGUGGUGGAUCCCUCUUAGGUCCUGUUGGGUCCCUCUUGAGAAAAUUCAGCAACGACCAUCUCAAAAUAGCCUUUAAAAAAAGAAGUUGGCCAUGAAGGAAUUACUGCACUGAACGCGCAGAGAGAGAAUUCACUGCCAAACAGUAAAUAGAUCAUAUUCAGUGAUAAGCUGCAACCACUUAAGGGGGAGCUACUGCUGUCAUGAAUUGCCCAAAACUAAAGUGCCAGUGUAAAAGUGAUGUUUUGCAAAUUUAAAAUUUCAACUUCAGACACACCUAGAGUUUGUUAGUGUUAGUACACCACCUCCAUAUCUGUUGAUUUAUGGCUUGCCAUUCUUUAUGCACCUUAGGAAGACCUCAUUUUUGAUGUAAUGUGCACUGAUGUUGUGAUGAAUGUCGUGUCUUUUGUUGUUGCUAUGUGUUGAGAUUUUCCUGACUCCCUCACGUAGUAAGAAACACUGUAUACAGCACUGUCUGUGAAUCACUAAUUCUUUUCAAACCAUAGAGUUCAAAUAUUUCCAGUUGUGGCUAAUGUUUCACUUGCUGUUGUGUUGUGAAUUCAGUCAUGUUUUCAUGCAUCUUGAUUUAUCAAAUGGGCUGUCUUGUGCAGUGACAGUGUUAUUGGGUUUGUUUCAUUCUUGUCCAACUUGUAACCUGCAGCAUUCAUCUUUAUCAUAGAGAUAAAUAAGACAAAAGGAAUUGUGGGGGGGCUGUUAAAAAAAAUAAUGUUGAAAAUUAAUAGGAUACUUCCUAUGCCAAAAUCCUGUUUCAAACAAUGACUGUGUGCAGCAAGGUAUACACAACCUUUAUUAUGAGUUUGAUGCUGGAAACAAAAAAAUGCGUGCAUCUCUGCAGAUCAUCAGUCACAGCAUUCUUUAUUUCUUCACCCCCCCCCCCCCCCCC